AUCCGAGUCUGCGUCGCUGCUAUUUCUGUACCUAUUCUGUAUACAUACACGACUUAGCAAACUUAAUAUACCAGACACUUUCUCCAAGCUAUUAAAAACUUGAAAUAGAAAGAUUGGAUUUUGUGGAUAGAUAAAGUCAAGAUGAGCUCUGAAGCAAGACUCUACACUUUCUCGCAGGAGACGAAAGACCACCUACGCAAGUUUCGCUUAACUACUUCGAGAGCUAGUGGACCCCAAGCUGUCAUUUACUACAUCGAUAAGAAGACGCACGAGAUCAAGCAAGAUGAGGAUAAAAUAGUGUAUAAAUCCCUUGAGGAGAUCGCCGACGAACUACCAGACAACUCGCCGCGCUAUAUUCUAUUGAGCUAUCCUCUAACUCUUCCAUCCGGCCGGAUGUCCGUCCCCUACGUCCUCCUGUACUACCUUCCCAACACGUGUAAUGCCGAAAGCCGUAUGACGUACGCGGGCGCGAAGGAGUUGAUGAGGAAUACGGCCGAGGUUGGUAAGGUUCUUGACAUCGAGAAUGUCGAGGACCUGGAGGAGAUUCCGGGGAAGCUGGGCGCCGAAUAGGCUGCCCUUGCGUGGUAUAUGUAUGGAUUGGUUACGCCUCGAUAUUGGAGAAAAC